AUGAAGAAUUUAUACGGGCAAGAAACACUAAAAUAUAUUUCUUUGUUAUCCGAAAUGAAAUCGAAGGUACGGGCGUGAAUUAUUCAUAUAUUCUUACUUGAAUAAUUAAUAUGUGGACCAUAUUAUCAUAUCGUGAUAUGCUAAUGUCAAAAUGUUUAUAUUAAUAUAUUUAUUCGAAGGUUUCAAACGGCAAUUGGUUCGACGUCGAUUGUGAGAAAUGCAAUGCAACCAAGUUAUUUGGUAAAGACGCGAAGGAAGUCGCAAAAGUGUAUGGAAUGUUCCUUAGACACUCAGGUCGAUUAAAAAACUACGCAGAAAAGGACAAACCGUGUAAAAUCUUGGUUCGGUGGCUAAUGGGCGAAGCUCAUUUCAAUGCCUGGUAUUCGCAGCAAACAUUGGAAGGAGAUAUACAAGGGGCUGCUGUUAUUAUUGAGUGCUGUUUUAUCAAAAAAGUAUGUGUUUAAUUGUUGUGUAUUGAUUAUAAGACGUUUUUAUUAUUCAAUUAUGAAAAAAAAAACCACUAGUAUAUAGUUUAGUGCACUUUAAAUUAAUCACUAGUUUAUUUCAAUUUAAUAUGAAAAAUAUUCUGAUAUUGUAAAGAAUCGUCCUUAUCCAAUCCUGAUACCCCAGCAGAUAAACUAAACUAAAGUAUACUUUCUUUACAUAGCAUUUGUAUGCAAUGCCUGUUCCACAGAAAGAAACAUUCAGACAUUUGGCUAAUGUGUUUGAAACCAACUAUUCAGCUGUGUCAGAUGAAGAGUCAGACAGGAAAUUGUCUGUAUUAAGCACUAUAUUCAACCACAAUAGCUUCAGAGGGAAACAGGAAGAAGUUAUUGAUGCUAUACUACAAGGAAGAAACUGUCUCAUUGUCUUACCCACUGGUGCGGGAAAGACCAUUUGUUACUCAGUUCCAGCUAUUGUAUCUGGUGGUGUAACAAUUGUUAUUUCGCCUUUGCUCUCCCUUAUGCUCGAGCAAGUGGAUUAUUUAAGAUCAAAGGGGCUUAAUGUGUGCUAUGUAAAUUCAACAGUAUCGCAGAUUGAUAGAGAGGUAAUCAUACAUCAUAUGCUGUCAGAUGUGCCUCCAUAUAACUUUCUGUUUGUGACACCAGAGAGUGCAACAUCUUCCGAGUUGAUGGAUGUUUUCAAAAAGAUGAAAUCCAAAGGAACUAUUAAAUACAUAACCAUUGAUGAAUGCCACUGCAUUGACUUGUGGGGCUUCGACUUUAGACCAGCAUACGCAAAUCUUGGUAUCCUGUCGGAAUUAAAUUGUCAGAUUGUUGCACUAACAGCAACAUGUACAUCCCGCACUGAAGCAGUUAUAAUUUCAUCUUUGAAGCUUACUGAUGCAAUAGUGAUAAGAGAAACAUGUAACCGCCCUAAUAUUUCCCUCUUUGUAAAGUUAAAGAAAGGAGAUGGAAAGGAGCAAGUUGCAGAUAAAAUCAUUACCCAACAUGAAAAUCAAUGUGGUGUUGUAUAUUGCCUACAACGAGGUGAUACAACAGAUAUGGCAUACAUUUUGCAAUCAAGAGGGGUUACCGCUACAUAUUAUCAUGGUGCACUUGAUGCCUACAAGAAGAAGGACAAUGCACAAGCUUGGCAAAAUGGAAAAGCACUUGUAAUGUGCGCUACAGUGGCAUUUGGAAUGGGCAUCAACAAACCAAAUGUUAGAUUUAUUAUCCAUCUCAGCAUACCACAAUCCCUUGAAUGUUAUGCUCAAGAAUUUGGCCGAGCUGGCAGAGAUGGUGAGCAAGCUACAUCCUGCAUCUUGUUUCGGUUUGAAGAUCGGACAAAACACCUGCAAAUGAUAAGUUCUCUACCAGAGGGUGACCACAGGACUCUGAAGCUGAAUAGCUUGAAUGAAAUGGUAAAGUUCUGUAUCAAACCCGAAUGCAGGAGGCAUCAGCUACUGAAAUAUUUUGGUGAAUGUUUACAGGUUGAUUGUGACAAAAUGUGUGACUUUUGCAUGGCUAAUACCAUUGUGGAAAAAACCGAGGCAAAUGUUGAAGCAUUGGAAAUUUUAAGUUGCCUUAAUAACAUGAAGCAUUUGUGCAACAAAGUUACUUUAAACCUACUCAUGUUGGUUUAUCGAGGUUCGAAAAGGAAGGAAAUCUCGGCAAAGUCAUUUGAUACCAUUCCUGAAUUUGGAAAUGGGAAAACUGUGUUUACUGAACUUAGCCUAAAACAUUUUCUCCAUACGCUAAUUUCUGAGAAUUUGUUGAUCGAGCAGCUUAGAGGACACAAUGAAACAGGAACAACUCCUUAUUUGGUGUGUGGCAACAAAGUUGAGUUGAUUAAGGAAGGUGACCUCAUCGUUUAUAGGUACAAAAUAUAACUUCAGUAACCAUGUACAGUCUGUUACUUUAUAUUAGGUAAAGGUACAAUUUAGCAACAUUUCAUUUCAAGGUACUGCUGGACCAUAGCCUAUCAAAGCAUAGACAAUCCAGAAGACAUGUCUUCUGGAUUGUCUAUGAUCAAAGGGAAGAUGGCUGUAAAACUCAUUAGAAUAACAACAUAAUUCAUUACCGGUAUCUAUGUUGUUAAACGUUUAUUCAUAAAUCUGGACCUUAACUGUCACAUGCAUAUUGUAUUUUUGCCCAAGUAACUAAUAGUAAUGUCAAACGAUAGGGUAAAUUGGAAAUUGCUUUUGGUAAAUUUGGCAAAAAUACAACACACAUGUGAUGGCGAAGGAUCAGAUUUAUGAAUAAACUUAAACAUAGAUAAUGAGUUACACAGGCAUCUUUCCUUUGAUAGGCUAUGGCUGGACAAAUGUAAUUAGUUGUUAGGAUGUGUAUAAGUUAUAUAAGUAAUACAUAUGUAGAUAAGUGGUUCGGCUGUGCUGAUAAUGCAAGCCUUUUAAGGCGGACGCCUCGGUGAGAAAAUCAAUCAUAUAUGUCUAAAGCCAUACCCUAGAGCUUGGACCUGGCCAUUGGUAUAUAUACUGUACAGUUAACAUAUGGCUAAUUCAAUUAAGGUUGUCCCAAAGAAAAGGGAUGAGGUGGAAUGUGAUCAAGCCUUGGUUGGAGUUAACCCAUUGAGUCGCAUUGCACCCUGAUGCACCCUGAUGCACCC